CUCUUCCAGAAAUCCUCAGAGCUGCUACUCCUGCUGACAGAGGAGAACCGGACCGCCGGGACAAACACAUUCCUCGUUAACUAUGGCUGUUUUUACCGCCUGCGGAUAAUUUCACCGAUCAUCUAAAAGGUCUCCUGCAUCUUCCGAUCCUGUUUGCCUGUAAAGACCGGGAGCAAAUGCCAAUCUGACUGAGAGGAUUAAGCCAGGAAUCUGUCACCUCACCUGAGUAGGUGUGAAUUGCUGGAAUCAUGGGGAACCAGCUGACUGAUAUCGCUCCCAACACGUCCUUCCUGCCAAGCUUCCAGAGUCUGCAUGUGGUGGUGAUCGGCCUCGAUUCAGCCGGCAAGACGUCUCUGCUGUACCGGCUCAAACUGAAGGAGUUUGUGAAAACAAUCCCCACUAAGGGGUUCAACAUGGAGAAGAUUAAGGUGGCAGUGGGAGCAUCCCGGGCCAUAAACUUCCAGGUGUGGGAUGUGGGUGGGCAGGAGAAGCUGCGGCCACUUUGGAAAUCGUACACCCGGCGGACAGACGGGAUUGUGUUUGUGGUGGACUCCACCGAGCUGGAGCGGAUGGAGGAGGCCAAAGUGGAGCUCCAUAAGAUCACCCGCACCUCUGAGAACCAGGGCGUCCCCGUGCUGAUCCUGGCCAACAAACAGGACAUGGACACGGCCUUGUCCAUCAGCGAGGUGGAGAAGCUGCUCUCUGUCCACGAACUGAGCAUGUACACUUUGUAUCACGUGCAGAGCUGCAGUGCCGUGGACGGUCAGGGUCUGCAGCCGGGCCUGGAGAAACUGUACGAGAUGAUCCUGAAGAGGAAGAAGAUGGUGAAGCACAACCGGAACAGAAAGAGAUGAAUUCUGUGGCUCACACUGUGGGUGACACUUGAGAUUUAUCCAGUGUUGGGACACUUCCAAGCUCAAUAGGAGAGCGACUGGUGCAAACUAAAAACAAUUACGCACGGCCUUCGGGUCAGCAGGAAAGGAUUUGCUCAUAAUACUGAAGCCGUAUUGACGUCUAUGUUGUGCAGCUGCCAUUUGAAAGCUAACUAUAGAUUUAUAGGAAACCCUGAUAACAGUUAGUCUUCACUAAGUGCUUUCCCAAACUUUGAUUUAAAGAAGACAACUAGAGCUAAUGUACAAACACAUGCAUAUCCAGUGGGAAGUUUUUGGAGACGAAAACAUGAAAAAUAUCCUUAUAGUCCUUCACCGGUUUGCACAGAUUCUGCCCCACUAAAUGGCUGUUUUUGUUCCACAGUGUUUCCCCAAAAUAUUUAUUCAGUGCUUAAGCGUUUGUGCUGAAGGGGAGUUUCUUUUUCUUCUAAUAUUAAUAUUUUUGUAAGUGAAAUGAAACUGUAUCUAGCGGUGACGGAGCACCAAUAAUAUUUAGUUUCAUUGCCAUGGAAGAGCAAGUUAAAGUGCAUUCCUGUCAUAGCCACAGAUGUUAAGCUUCAGUUGGUAUAUAAUUAGUGUUUAUACAAAUUGUAAAUUUUUGUAAAUCUGGAAAAUGAAUAAAUCUGAACACUGUGCAGAAUA